AUGACUGGAGAGACCCAGCAUGUUUACACCAUCGGUGAUACCGAGCCCGGCCCCAAAGACCCCGACAAAGCCUUUGGCUUGGAAGGCCGUGGGGAGAAGGAUGGGAAGGGGCUGUCCGGGGAGACCCCGGCCCCCUUCCCCGGCCCCAAGGACAAGGAGCCCCACAGCCAGCGAGAAGCCAUCAUCCGGCCCCAGCAAGCCGGGAAGAUUGACUUCAAAUCCCUGCAGCUCAAACCCAAAUUCGUCAACGACAGCUCCUGGGGGGAGGUGAAGGGCAGCCCUCCCUCCUCCCCGCCGGGCAAGGGCCGAGCCCGGGAGCGCAGCCGGCGCGGAGGGAAGGGCGAGCGGGCUCAGCACCAGCUCUACCGCCUCAGCAUCGCCGGUACCCGGCCCAACCCCACCAUCGGCAUCGCCUACCCCCAGCAGAAGGUCACCCCCCCGAAGAAGCCGGAGGAGAACCACAACCAGGGCCCCGCGGAUGGCAGCUACCGCUUCCACCAGCCCGGCGUCCCCCAGCGCCAAGCCGACCUCCGGCAACCCGACCUGGGCUUGGGGUGCUGCUUCCCCGACGCCGGCCGCACCUCCGCCAACUAUACCUCACAGCCCCCAGCCCCUCCCCACGGCCCCAAAGGGCAGCCCCCCACCCCCGGCCUCCCCCUCAAGAGCCCCGGAACCAAUGGGCAGCUACAUUAUUUGGAGUUUCAGGGGAACGGGACCGACUCUUGGCAGUCCCCGGAGAAGAGCUUUGCGGGUGCUACUACGGAUCCGGUGCAGAAAUCCGGCUCUUUUCUGGAGGGGGGCAAAGCCGGUGGCCACGGGCUGGGGGCUUUGCCGUGCCAAUACCCCUUCCAGCUGCUGCAGGACUCGGGGAAGGAGCCCUACGGCGGCGAGGCGGGGAGCCAGGAGUACCUGGACGGGGGACUCGGCACCGGGCAGCUGAUUCACGGCUCCUUCUCCUUCCACUCGGCCUCCCGGGAGUGGCAAGAGGAGACACCGAGCGGUGGUUCCUACGAGAACGUGUCCCCCCAGGGCAGGCUCUACGCCUUGCCGGCCCCGCCGCCACCAUUCCUGCACCCGGUGCCGGUACCGGCCCAGCACCACGGCUCUCUGCCGUGCUGCAAAGGGAGGAGCGAGCAUCCCGCCGACCCCCACGGUGCUCUCUCGUCGUCGUCGUCGUCUGGUGCUAUCGACCAAAACCCAAGCACUUUCCAAGAAAACCAAGCUGUUUUUCCCUCUAGUUUACACUCGCCGGGUCUGCCCAAGCCGGUGGCCGGUCAGAGGCAAGCCUCAGCGAAGGACAGUGUCCCCAGCACACGGCUGCUGGUCCAGAGCAGCCCUCUGAGAAGGACCGUGCCACCGAACUCCCUCUCCGAAGUGCACUUUCAGAGCAAAGCCUAUUGCAGCUCCCCCGCCGGCAGCGCCAGCGCCGGCUCCGUGCCUUUCGAGACGAGCAUCCCCACCCACCCCAGGCUGCUGCAAGCUUGGGAAGGUGCCACCAAGGUGUUUCCACCCACGGACCAGAAUUCAGCACCUUAUCCAAACCCCGUUGGAAACCAGUUCUCAUUCGAGUGCCAGCCUGGGCCCGAGCAGAGGCAGCACAGGCAGAAAAACGCCAGGAUGCCUUGGCAGCAAAUCCACCUCGCUCCUCCAAUGCCCGCUCCAAACCGGCUGGAGCUGUCAAGACAAAUCACCAGCCAGAAGCUCCCCUUCCCCCUGGGCACCUCCGAGUGGCAGGGGAGUGGGAAAGGUCAGAAAGGACCCCCCGUGAGUAAUUCCCCAGGGUAUCACAGCAAAAAGCUCUUGUUGGGAGAGAGCCUCGGGGUCCAGAGAGGAGACCCCAGCUCCACGGGUGCUUUCUCCUUCGAAAACGGGAAGGAGCCGGGGUCCCCCACCUGCGAUGCAAGAAGCAAAGCCCUCUUCUACAGCAUGAGUCAAGCAGCUCCUCCUCCCUCCUCCAGGAGCUCGUCAGGCUCAGCGCUGGUCCUGCCACCCUCGGCCUUGGUGGUUGCCUCGCCUUGUGAGUCCCCGCUGCCAUCCCCCAUCCCCAACCCCCCCUGUGGCAGCACCUGCUCCUCGCUCUCCCCCAUGUCCAGCAGCCCCCUCAACCCCAACUUUGAAGACAGCCAGAUGUCUGCAGCACUCACCCCUUCUCCCUUCUUCCAGCACCCCUGCCAUCCCAAGGACGGCAGCAAAACCUUCCACUCCUCCAACGUCUUGAGCUCCAGCUCACUUCAUUACCACCCCUCAGACUCCAUCAAGUCCUUCCACUUCCCCCCUGAUGCCCUGAAAGAUGACAACCUCCUGAAAUGCUCCCCAGCCAGCCCCUUCCACAAACCCAGCGUGGAGAUGGCCAAAGGAUGCUCGGAUGGGCUGGAUGGGGAGCAGCCUCCACCUCCAUACUCCUCCCACCACUUGCUGGCCAGUUCUCUCAGCAGUGCCAGCCUGGACCAGCUGGACGUUCUCCUGACCUGCAAACAGUGUGACCAGAACUACAGCAACCUCUCCUCCUUCCUGCAGCACCGCCAGUUCUGCUCCUCCCACCCCUCUCCCCUGGCAGAGGGUAAGGAUGCUCCUCGGGCAGCCGAGGGGCGGAAAGCUCUGCCCCCGGAGCCCCUCACCAAGCCCUCCAGCCUGGGGCUGUCUCCAGACCCCCAAGCACAUCUGUUGGCAUUGAACAAGAGCGAUGACCUCUUGCUGGAUGGGGAGAACAAAAGCGAGGGCAAGGAGGAUGCUCUGAAGGGUGGCCUCUUCCACGGCCUCGCCGCCGGCUCCCUGCCGCUCACCGCCUCAGACCUGGACAUCGACGAUGCCAAGCUGGACAGCCUGAUCACUGAAGCCCUCAAUGGGCUGGGGUACCAGUCAGAUAACCCAGAGAUCGACAGCAGCUUCAUAGAUGUGUUUGCUGAUGAGGAGCUGACGGGCGUGAAGGCGGCCAGCGGCGGGAUGUCCCACAAGGCCAAGGAAGUCCUGGCCUUGGAGACCAAAUCCAAGCAGGUGGCAGGGGAGGAGAAGGCAGGAGGCCAGCCCAAGGCCAGCUGUUUUUAUGAAGAUGGCCACCUGGGUGGGGAGCAGAUGAAGCAGCACCUGCAUAAGGGGAGGGCAGCACGGAGGUUGGCAGCCCAGGAGCCUGAUCCAGGGCUAGCAGGAAGGGAGAGGACGGCCAGGCUGCGGGCAGGCAGGAAGAACAGCAUCUCCCCGACCACCGCCUCCUCCAACUCCACCUCCAGCCAAAAACAUCCCAGGAAACUCAGCCAGGAGCCUCCAGCAAACAGCGAGGUGGGGUUGGGUGUCACCACCAAGAGCUCCAAGCCAUCCUGGUUCUCCAUGAAGGAUGCGAAGAAGAGGAAACCUCGAAGCGGGACGUGGAGCAAGGAGCUCAUUCACAAGAUCGUGCAGCAGAAGAACAAGCUCCACAAACUGCAGGUGAAGAGCAGCAAGCAGGCCCAGGUCACCCAGGACACCGAGAGGCUGGUGCCAGCCCCCAAGGAGGGCAGGUUUCAGGAAUAUGACUACAUCUCUGACUCAGAUGAUGAUGGGGCAGAGUGCAGCAAGCUCCGGGGACGGAAGAAACGGGGCCCGGGAUUCAUCGGGAGGUCCAAGGGCAGCUUCAGCAAGAAACACCCAGGAAGAAGUGAGAAAGCCAAAGACAAAGACCCAUCCUGGAGCUACAGCCGGAAAAGAGACGGUCAGAAAAAGGAGGCAGAGGAGCACCGGGGGGUCCAGAGCCAGGAGGAUGCUGAGAAAGAGGAUUGUGUUGCCAGAGUCCGCAGACGGAGCAGCCAGUCCUCUGCUGGCAGCAGCCACAGUGGUAGCAUGGCUGGUGAGAUGGUCACCAGCCCAGCCCAUACUGGUGGGACUGGCUCGGGUAGUGAAAAGGGAGGCUCACGGAGGAGGAGGAGGAGCUCAGGCAGCCUGACACGUGCACCGAGGGCUCCUCUUAGCCUUCCCGAGGACAAGGGCCCGAAGAAGAGCAAAGAGGACUUUUCCAGGGGGAGCAGGAGGGUUGGCUCAGCCAAAGCUUUGGUAGCAGGCUCCAGGACACAUCUGAGUACUCAACCAGAACCUACUGGGAUGGACUGUGGGAAGGAGGAGCUGUUAGGGCAGCCCCAGGAAAGGCAGCUGGCCAGCUUGGCCACCUCGGGCAGGAGCCCUGUCAGGCUAUGCUGUAAGGAGGGGACAGAAGAGCCCAAAGGAGCAGCAAAGCACAGAGCUGAGGCAGGAGAACCCACCCUGGAGGCUCAGGACUCCCCUGAGCUGACUGCUAUCAACCAGAGGCAUCAGUUUGGCCCUUUCCUGAGCCAGGGGGGGAAGUACCAAUCGGAAGAGCUGAUGGCUCCAUCCCACAGUAGUGAUGAAGCCAGUCCUGGCCACGGGAGUGCCACCUACCCAGAAGUGGGCAUCAAAUCCUCGAAGCCCCUUGGGCUGUGUGAAGGUCGGAAGGACUAUCCCGUGCCGGUUGCCCCAUAUGGGGGGGAUGCAGUGGGGAUGCUGCUCACUGCCAAGGCACCCGAGCCAUAUGGCAGCAGUGACAACACAUUCUUUGAUCCCAAAGGCCUUCCCAGUCACUACGAUGACAACCUCUUCUCAAAGCCCCCCACCUUGGGCUCCUCACCCAUGGAUGAUGUGUACUUAUGCCGGGAUGACCUCAACACCAGCACCUUUGAGCAGAAGCACGCCAGCAUUUCCCCAUACAUCACAGAAACAGCACAGGGCAAGGUCUCCUCCCCACUCAGCUUCGAUUCCUCUUCAAUAUUUGGAGAGCUUCCUGUCACUGAGUUUGAUCCACCGCUGUAUGAGAGCGUUUCUGCCAGCAAGGAUGGUUAUGUGACAACCUUUGCCUGCUCCAGCAAUCCCCAGAGCAAGCCACUGGCCUUUGAGCAACCCUAUCCCCCGUUCAUGCAGGAGAAAGAGUGGUCCCUUAUGGAGGAGGUGGCUCCCAUGCUGCCAGAAAACAUGACUCAGUUCCACAACCUCCCAGUGGAGAAGCCACUGACCAAGAAAUUCCCCGAGGAAGGACCUGUCCCCAGCAGCCAGCUCUCCCUGCCACUGCCUGACAGGAUAACAGAUUAUAAUGUGACUUUUAUGAACAACAUAUCAGACGAUGAGCUGGAGAUCAAGAGACUGGUGACGGAGCUGGAAAGUCAACUGCAAACCAGCAAGCUGGAUAACGAGGCACCCGUUGGCCUUCAGAAACCUGAGCAACACGUGGUGGCAAAUCUGCAAGGACCUGAGCCAUUCCCACCACUACCCGUGGAGCAAGAGGCAGCCCAGGAGAAAGGACUGUUUUUGGCAGAGGAGCUGGGCAGCUCCAACCUCUGCAUCAGGCAGAGGUCAGAGGGCAAGAAGCCAUCCGUGGUGAGCAGCCAUGGGGACUACAAGAGACCCCGGGAGCCCUGGCCCUGCCCUGUGGAGCUGGACUCACUGGAGACAGGGAUGUCCACACCAGCCCCACAUGCCUUGGACCAUUUCUGCUCCAAAGACAGCAGUGAGCAGCUCCGAGGAGCUGUGGCUGCUGAGGAUGGUGACCCUGGAAAGAUGGAAAAUGGGUCUACUUCCAAAAGUCUGCCUGGGUCAUGCACACCAGACCAAGCAGAGGCUCCCGUCUACACAGACCCCUUGACAAAGAACCCUCUUGCUGUCACUGACUCCGUGUUCUCCAAGAGCCUGGAGGCAGAUGAAGCCACCAAGGAUCCCCUGCCAUCCCAGCGUGGUGCCAAGAGCUUCCCUGUGCCAGGGAAAGGGGAUGAAAGCUUUGCUGAUGCUGCAGAGCUGCAGAAGUUUGAUGUCCACCUGCCAAACCAUAAACCUGAACUGGGCUUUCAACAAGGUUCCACCCCAGCCCUGGAUCUCCCCCCCUUUUCACCUCAUGACAUCAAGGAGGUCCCAGAUGCAGAAGAAAGACCCUCAAGCAAACCCGAAUUGCCCCAAAUGGGCAAAAGCCCCGUGGACUUCAGAGGGGAUGGUGGUGAGGCUGUGGUGAUGGAAGAAACAGAGGAGAGGAAAAGCUCUACCACAUCUCCGGCCCCUGGACCUGGUGACAAAGCCAGCAAGCAAAAAGUGCUGCUGUUAGACAUGCUGAGUCUGCCCAAGGAGAGCACCUGCAGCUCCCAGGAGACACAGACACCCCGGGAGACAGCUGCCAACCCUCUGCAGCAGCUCCAGCUCUUCGUCGCCAGAACGGUGAAGAGCAACGAGGAGGAGCUGCUGAUGCCCUGCUUCCCCGUGCUCCUUCCUCCCAGCCACCCCUCUGCCACCACCCGUGGCCAGCUGGAGCAGAAAGAGGAGAGCAGUAGUGCCUUGGAAGGGGAAAAUCAGACACGCUGCCCUUCCCAGGGGGAGGGGAAUGUCCCUGUUGAAGGCAACGUGGAAAAUAUGCCUGCCUCGGUUGGGCUUUUCUCUGGUGGAUGUGAGCAGAUGGAGUCCCUCGGUGGGACGGGCUCUUCCCGUGCCAAACAGUCCUCGUUGGCCAAGCCAGGGCUGCAAAAUGCUGUAAGGGAGCUGCAGCACUUAGGAAAUGAGCAGGCAGAGAGAAGUGACAUUAAUAUCAGCACAGAUGGUGUCUCCCGAGAGCGUGGUGACCUCUUCACCCGAAACCCAGCGGUGACCCCACCACCGGGGCAAGAAAAGAAAGCUGAGCAGCCCGGAGAGGAGCAGGAGGGAGAUGAGAACAAAGUGACCUUGGCAUUUAAAACCCUCGAGCAAGCUCAGUUAAGCAGGAGUUUGCUGGAGAAAGAAACCCCAGGCGGUGCAGCAGCAGAGAGGAUGGAAAGGAGCCUGGUGGGCCAGGAGGUAAAACCCCUCUGCUCUGCUCCUCCCAGUCCCACCAGCCCUCCCAGGCCCUCUGUGGAGGGUCUCCAGCAGGACAACCACUUGGUACUGGAGGUGAAAGCUGGAGCAGUCAGUGCAAAGGUUCCCAGAGAAGGAAAUGGCAAGAAGUCCCUCAGUGGUUGUCAUUCCACAGGAGAAUCUCCAGCCAGCUUGCUCUUGGUGAGCACCUUUUGUCACCCCAAACUCCCUCAGAGCGGUGGGGCAGAAGGAGGAGAGGUCCCCAGCUUUGGUGCUAAACUUUCUGAUGAGAAGAAAUCCUUGGAGAUGGAAGGUCCCCAGGAACCACAUGAGAGGGACUGCUCCCUUCCCUGCUCAGCACCCUUCAACCAAAAGGGUGUUGGGAAAGAGACAGCCAGUUGUACCAGUGCUGUGCUGCCAAGUUCUCCUUUUCAAGAAACCCAAACGUACACUGUCACAGAUAUGGUCAUGAACUCCAUUUCUCCUAAAACCCAAGAGUCCCCAACCCAUCCCACACCAGAUCUUCUGCCAACCAGAGAAGGAGAGGCCAGGCUGAGUGAAGAGGAUGAUUCUGAAAGCUGCUGUGGUGGGGGAAAUAAACUCCAAAGUGAACCAGAGGCUCCAUCCAAAGGUUGUGUUGUUCAGCCAGCUGCUGUCAGCAGAGGUCUUUCAAGGAUUGGAGAUCUUGGUCCUGCUGAAUUAAAUAACCACAAGUUUUCAGAGGCAGGAGAGGUGAGACUUGGUCUUUCCAUACCCACAGAGAGCAGAGGAAAGAGUUUAAAAGGGGAGAAACCCAAAAGCCAUGGGGCUGGAGAAACUGGGACCUGUGUGUUAAACAGUAUGGGCCAAGGAGAGGACAACACACCUACCCCUACUCUGAGCCCUUCCCGAAGUGAACUUCCCAAAGAAAAGAAGCCAAAUGGGCUCCUGGUGACCUGUGACAUUUGUUCAGCCACUUUCCGGUCCAAGCCUGGCCUGACCAGGCACAAAGCUGUCAAGCACCAGGUGAAGAGUGGUGGUGGACCACAGCCCAGCAAGACCACCGUGUCUGCUUUGCUUUCUGCAGACAGGACAUUGAAAACAGCCCAAAAGGUGCCCAGGAGGAGCCCGAAGACUUCAGUUAAAGACAAAACCUGCAGCUCACAGACACCAACCACCACUGCUGACCAUGUCCCCAAGAAAAUAUUGCCAGGUCUGGAGAAAGAACCCAGUGCACAUAUGCAAGAAGUGGUCAGCAGAGUCCUCAGUGACCUCAGCAUCAUCUCCUUCGAGAUGUCCCAGGAGCUGCACCACACACAUGUUCUGCGUGAGGAGGUGAAGGCAAAGGGACCACACUUGGAGAUGAGGGGAGCAGAUGAGGUGGUGGCUGGGAAGGUGGACUUGGGCUGUCAAGCAAGGAAGGGAGAAAAGGGCAGAAGGAGCCAAAGCAAAGAUCCUGGAGAAGUGACCAGCAGUUCUGAGAAGAAGCUGAACAGGAAAGUGAGACGAAGGAAAGCAAAGGGGUUUUUCAGCAGAAAUGAGCCUGAUGAUCUGGGUGAGCUGGAGAAGAAGGCAAGUCCUCCCUUUGCUGUCCUCGGCUCCAGUUUGCCCAGGGUUGUGGAGGGUUUGCAUGAACCCGGUGGCUGCAUCUCCACAGAGGAGCAAAAUAGGUCCAGCUCACCUCAGCAACCUCAGAAAGCUAAACAGUCCCCUUGUGCAGCAGAGCUUGCAGAAGACAUAGGUGACAGGAUGGUGUCAUCAAAGGAGAUGGGCAGCAAAGAGUCAGAAACGAGCACGGUCACCUGUCCUGGGGAAGUGGAAGAUCCAGAGGGAGUGGGUGACCUACAGGCUUGCAAGAAAUGGGUAUGUGGGUUAGUGAGGCAAGUGGAGAAGGGACUGGGUAAGGUAGGCAAAGAGCAGCACGGUGAUGCUGAUGGUGCAGAGGAGAUGGAUGCUGAGACACGACACAGUCCUGCAGCAGGCAAGGGUGCUGAGGACUGCAGUGAUGCUCUGCAGAGUCCCACGGCUCCUGCUGAAGGUCUGCUGCUGGACACAUGGGAAACCACCCAAAACACUCCUGGGGAAGGUGCUCCAGAAGCCACUCUGGGGACCAGCCCUUCUGUGGAAGCAAAGCACUGGGAGACACCAGACCUGUCCCCGGGCGUGGAGAGCGCGGCUGUCUCGGACCUCCAGAGCUUGUUUGAUGAUGACUCCACCUUCUCCCAGCUCUUCCCCCGGGAUGACCAAUCUGUCCGGAGGAAAUGCACCCGGGUGUAUGGGAAACGUAGCAAGAAACCCAAGCCCACCCCCGAGGUCACCUGCAGGCCAGCAGGGGCCAUCGACCUCUUCAAGAUCCGAUUGGCUUCUGACCUCAGGGAGAGCAGCUCUUUCUGUGUCACCAGGGAGGACCCUCGUGAAUACGAAACCAUCUCCGUCGAUGACGCCUUGAUGCUGAACAUGUGUCAGAGCAGCCAGGUGAAGAGUGGAGAUGCUGCUGCUCCCAGUGGAUCCGAAAGUGUUGCGCAGAGAUUGGACUGUGAGGAGAUCGACCUGGGGAAGGAGGACAUUGACCUGGAAGACAACAUGCUGACCUUCUUGUGCCAAAACAGCCAAGUGGACAACGUCCCCAGCUUGAACCUCUGGGGGAGUCUGGAGAAGGAAGGUGAAAGCCUCUCUGCUGAGGAUAUGUUUGAGCCUCUGGUGGGCCUUGAGGAUGAGCAGUCUCUCCGAGGAGCGAGCUCGGAGCCCCCCGACCUGGUGGAGGAGCCCUAUGAUGGCACAACUAACGAGGACUCGGGCUCUUCUCAGUUUCACACCAUCGACAUCGAGAUGCUGAAUGCCAAGCUGAAAAUGAGAGACGUGUGCUUCUUCAGCCCUUGUGGAGAUCUUCCUGACCAGGGGGAGGAUGACGCUGAACAUUUCAAGCCAAAGCCGGGCCAGCACAGCAAGCAGAGGAGCAAGCCAGAAGAUGGGAAAUCGGGGAAAAACCGCGGCGAGGUGACCAUCAAGUCCAAAGACAAGCAGUACAAAUGCAAAGUCUGCUUCCAGUGGUUCCUGACACUGGGCGAGCUGGACUUCCACAAGCUCUCCCACAACCCUUCCCCUCCUCCUACCUGCUACAUGUGUGUCCAGCGCAAGUUCAGCUCCCGGGAGCAGCUGAGGGACCACCUGAAGGAGAAGCACGCCAAAAACAAAGCCGGGCUGUGGGCCUGCGGGAUGUGCCUGAAGGAGAUCUCUGAUGUCUGGAUGUACAACGAGCACCUCCGGGAACACGCCACCCAGUUCGCUCGCAAGGGCCAAGCCCAGAAGUCGGUGAUGGGCCUGGCCCCCUGCUUUGGAGAGGACAACGCUGCUGUCACCCACUUCCUCAACACCAUCAUGUGUCGGAAGCCCGGCAGGUCCUCCCGGAACGCUGACCCCAGCAGCAGGCACGGGGUUAGCAGAGAGAGCAAGAGCCCCAAGGAGCUGUCCCUGGAGCAGGAGGCCAAGGCCGUCAAAGACCCCUCGGAAAGCAGCGUCAGGGUGAAGCCACCCCCACCCAGCUCCUCCAAAGCAUCUUCCAGUCCGUCUCCAGAGCACGUGGCGAAAAACGAAGGCCCCCCCAAAUCUGUCCCCAUGCACCCGGACUGCAAGGAUCCUUCCAGGGACUGUCAUCACUGUGGCAAACAGUUUCCCAAGCCCUUCAAGCUCCAGCGGCACUUGGUCGUCCACAGUUUGCAGAAGAUUUACCUGUGCCACAAGUGUCCCAUGUUCUACCAGGAGACCAAAGAGCUGCGAACCCACCUCAGCCAGGAGCACGGGAUAGUGGAGGAGCAGGAGAUCAAGCACACCACCCUGUAUGCCUGCGAGCUCUGCGCAGACGUCAUGCACGUCAUCAAGAAGUCCUUCAUCUGCAGCAUGUGCAACUACACCUUCUCCAAGAAAGAGCAGUAUGACCGGCACAUGGAGAAGCACUUGGCAGGAAGCAACAAGACUUUCAAAUUCAGGGGGGUCAUGAGGCCUGGUGCUGCCUCCAGGGAGGGCAGGGAGAAGGUGAAAGAGGCUGGCUCUCUGCAGGAGGCCAUGCCACCGAGCAAGAAGAGGAAGGUUGCUCACCGUGGCAGCUCACUCCCACCCAGCUCACCAGCCCAUCACCACACCAGUGACCUGCAGCUGGUAGAGUCAGCAAGCCCCAGCCUGCGGGCUCCCACUGACUCCUUCCCUGCAACACCCGCUGACCCAGGAGCACCCCAGCCCUCCCUGAAAGCAGAAGACCUGGUGGAGGACUUCUCUGACCUCCUGGCAGAGAUGGAGAAAUCCCAGCUGGAGAGCCUGCCCCCACCUCCCUGCCUCUCCCCAUCUCUGCCACCGGCUGUGGCGAGCAGCCCAGAGCUCAGCCGUGUCGCUGCCCUAUCCGUGGAGGAGCUGGAGAAAGGAGACUUUGAUGAGAAACCACUUUCUUUCUUGGACUCUCCCGAGUUUACUGUCGACCUUGCUGGGCUGGCUUGUAACCAGGCCACAGACCAACACCUCUCUCCCCCACACGAGAUGCAGAACCGGGGCUACACCGACACCAGUCAAAGAAAAGAGGAGCAUGUGGUAGGUGUCCUGGGAAAUCCCAGUGCAGCCGUGGAUGGGAUCCCAUUUCUCCAGCUUGCUAAGAAGGUCUCAGAGCUUUCUUCCCCCGAGGCAGAGGUUCUACAAGGCAAGGAGACCCACGGGUGGGGCAACCCCGGUGCCGGCAAUGCCUCUUCUUGGGAAGGUGCCCCUAAGGCUGCGUCUCCAGAAGGUGCCCAGCACCCCCUGAAGGACAAGCCAGCAUCACCCACGCUGAACAGGGCUGCCAAAGAGUUGGCCCUGCAGAAGAAGACCUUGGGUAGCCAGCCCAGCAGUGAGGCAGCUCCUGGUGCAGGCAGCACUGAGGAGGGUCACCAGCUUGUCUCGGGGAGGGGCAAAGCCAUGCCUGAGGCUAAGGACAGCGGCACCAACACCAAGGACCAAGGUGACAACCCAAGCAAGUCCACGGGCCACCAGCCCAGAGGCGAGGUGGCCAGCAACCCCGUGAGGCACGGCCACCUGGAACCCAGCAAAGCCAGCAGCAAGCUUCACCCCAAGAGGAGGAAAGAGCACAAAUCCUUGAACCACCGGAGCAGCUCCGGCUCUCGGGAGAACCUGGAGGGAGAUGGGAAAAAGAAAAAAGCCAGAAUCUCCUGCCCAGGGAAGAGUGAGAGCCCCGGGCAGCUGAAACGUGGUGGUUGGAGCAAGGCUGAAGCCUCGGCUCUGUCUCCUGACAGGAGGGAAGCACACUGCAACAAGCUGGUAGCCAAAGCCAGGACGGGCACCCAGCUGAAGAAGAUGGUCCUGGACACUUACAACCAAAAAAAGGGGGAGUUCCGACCUGCCAACGGGGAUAUGAAACGCAGGAAAGCCAUUCUGGGGAAAAGCCUCCACCAAGUGUUGGCCAAGGGACCCGCUCCCAGGGGCUCCUUGCACAGGGGACCCAAAGCCAGCGGGUCAGGCAGCUACCGCACUGCUGAGUCCCAGAACAACCUGCUCAGCCAGCUCUUUGGGCAGAAAUUAACAAGCUUUAAGAUUCCUUUAAGGAGAGAUACUUCAGAGUAA